AUGUGGCGCCAUGGCCGUGCCAUACCCUUUGGCAUCAGCAACGGCUGCUCACUUCCUGGUUUUGGUCUCACAUGCGACAGCACCCACAACCCACCACGGUUGCUCCUUGGCGACGACGGUGGCAGCAGCAACCUCCAAGUUGUUCGUAUCUCCAUCCAGGAGGCUAAUAUACGAGUCAAGUACACCACAGCAAACAUCACAUGGGAUGACAGCAUUCCCCCGAGCAGUGGGCAAUAUCUCUUAUCUGGUGACCUCACACAGUUCCUCGUCACCGAACCCAACGACGCCGACGUCCGUGGUGCGGCACUGAUGCCUGGCAACGCCAGCAAUAUCAUCAGUGGAAGCUGCACAUCUUUCUGGCACGUAAAAUACAACGUGACCAUCCAGUUCUGGGUGCCCAAUGACGGCGGGAGGCAUAGGCACCCCAGCAUAGGUGGUACUUGCCAUCGGUCGCCGGCCAACAUCCCUAUCGCCCGUUCGUCCUACACGGUGGGGUUAAGGUGGCUCUACCCCAACCAUGUGUACCGCAUUGAGGCGCAGCAGGCCUCCUCAUCAGAUCAAUGGAUUGAGCGCCGUCGAUGGGCUCUUAUUACCCUCAACAAGACACAGCUGGAUGGAAACGCGACAUGCCCUAAGGAUCUGGGGAGUACGUUCUGCCACAGCAGAUACAGCUUCUGCAAGACCAUCUCGCAUUUGACAUAUCCCACUAGAAUCCGCACCUGCUGCCCCGGAUACACAUGCCAAUGCUGGGAUGGUUACCAAGGCAACCCUUAUCUCCCCAAUGGAUGCCAAGAUGUGGACGAGUGCAAGCUUCCAAAUAAGUGCUAUGGCCAUUGUACGAACAUUCCUGGUGGGUACAUAUGCCGAUGUCCACGAGGAACCCACGGUCUGAGCAUUGUUUCAGCACUCGGAAGUGGUGCAAUGCUUCUCAUUUUAGUUGUUGGCACUAUGUAUUUGAAACGUAAAAUUAAGAUGCAGAGGUUAGAAAGGAUGAAACUGAAAUUUUUCGAACAAAAUCGUGGGCAAUUGCUUCAACUGUUGGUAUCUGAGAGGGCAGAUAUCGCCGAAGGAAUGAUUAUAACGUUGAAUGAGCUACAGCAGGCUACAAACAACUUUGACAAAGCACUUAGGCUCGGCGGCGGAGGGCAUGGCAGUGUUUACAAGGGAAUUUUGUUGAGCCAAGAUGUUGUUGCCAUCAAGAGGUCCAACAUUGUGAUUCAAAGAGAGAUUGAUGAGUUCAUAAAUGAGGUUGCAAUCCUUUCUCAAGUUAAACAUAGGAAUAUUGUAAAACUACUCGGAUGCUGCCUUGAAACAGAAGUUCCACUACUUGUUUAUGAGUUCAUUUCCAACGGGACUCUAUAUGCUCAUCUUCAUGUUAGAGAUCCCAUAUCACUAUCUUGGAAUGAUAGGUUGAGGAUUGCAGUUGAAACUUCCAAAGCACUUGCUUAUCUUCAUUCGCUUGUUUCUAGGCCAAUAAUUCACAGGGAUAUCAAGUCAACUAAUAUACUUCAUGAUGAUAAUUUGACAGUCAAAUUAUCAGAUUUUGGAGCUUCAAGGUACAUGACAGUAAAUCAAAUGGGAGUGAACACAAUUGUGCAAGGGACAAGAGGCCAUAGCCUGGUUCAGCACUUUGAUAUUCUACUCUCAGAAGGAAGGUUAGAUUACAUACUAGAUCGACAAGUUAUCAAUGAAGCGGGUGGAGAAGUCACGGAUGUUGCUUUAUUGGCAGCCAUAUGUGUACAACUGAGCGCUGAGGACAGGCCAACAAUGAGAGUACUGGAGAUGGCACUCGAAGCUAUUCAAGCAGCUAAGGAGCCUGUUUCAAGUACUAUGACUGAUGACAGUUUUGACUGGACCUCCACAUGGGUGCAUGAUAUGUCCAAUGAAGGAUGA